AUGAAUAGACGCAGCGUUGCCGAUUGCUCACUUGAAGAUCCUGAUUCAAGCGAACCUGGGGCCGUGAAUGAUGCUUCUUCCAUUACAAAUGAUAAUAACCCUGGCGUCUAUGAAACGUUGGAACUCGGCUCCGAUAUUUCUCGUCCUGCAUCGUCAACUAUAUUAUCCUGUUCCUUGACAACUAAUACACUACCUUUGACUGGUUCUGACUCUCAACUCUUGAAUUCGACUGUCUCCAAGUCCCCUGUCCCACCUGAGUCUAACGUGCCAACUGCCCCUGAGUUUGGACCAUCAAUGUCGAAUAGGCUGCGUCGGCGGGUCUGUCGCAAUUGUGCUGGGGACUUGGUGCCCCCUGGGGAAUCUGCUCAAUCUGGGGUCAGUUCAUAUUUAUGCUAUUGCAUUCUAUUUAGAUUUUAUCUUUAA